CCUUCAACAAACACCUAUGAACUGCUGAAAAAACAUUGUCCCAACACAGUCCUCUAUCUUUUUCUGAGUUUUCAUUCAGUAAAUCAACAGUCCUUGAAAUUUCUAAGAGUUCUUUCAGUUCCAAAACUCGUUUCUAGUAAGUAUGAAAAAAAAUUAGUAAUUUAUUCCCCACUUUUAAAAGUAAUUACAAAUAAUUGUGUCAUUACCUUUCUUUCUGUCACUUUGUUAGAAUCUAAGUAAUUACAACAAUCACUAAUGUCAAUGCCCAAUCUUGUAAUAUCCAUAGCGGUAACUAUUAUUAUUAAUGACUAACUGCGAAAUUCAUCAGGAUAGUUUGUUUUCAUUAGACUUUUAAAGAAAAACUUGGAGUAGUCUUAUCAAUUCCAAAUCACGUUAACCGCCACUAGUGUUUUUAACAGAUAGAGGGAUCGUAGUAAGUCGACUAUUCUAUUACUAUCGAUAGUUACAUUUUUAACAAAUAACUCUCAAUUGAUUAUGGAUCAUAUAUAGGGACACAAUAUACUUAAGAGAAAAUUAACGAUUAAUUUGAAAAUUAACGAGGCUUAAGACUAAUAAUUUACAAAUAGUUUGGUUAAUAUUUUUUCUAUCGAUAUAGAAGAACGAUUUAUGGCGGGAACUUACAAGUUGGGAGCGAACUGCCUUGGGUACAAAAUUCUGAAUUAUAAAAGUUAAAGUAGGGGUUAAUGGAUCCAACUUGUAUUAUUGAUAAGCUAAAUAAAACCUUAGAGCAUGCUCCGGGACUUAUCAAUGGACCCUUAUAUUCAAUGUCUCAAAAACAGCUCGGAGAAUUAUACUUUCACAAGGGGAAUAAUUUAGAAGCAUGUUAUCAUUUUUCGGAGUCACAUGCAGUUUGUCUGAGGUUGCUUGGAUUAUUGGAUAAGGCAAGAAAUGAGUGAAAAAUCAGAUUCUUCUGAAAGAUUGUCCUUCCGUUCACAAUUUGCAAAAGAAGGGGUUAAUGGAAUGCUAAAACGUUUAGAAGAAAUGCCUUCAGAAUGGACUAUUAUUCAAUUAACCAGAGCUGUUGAUCCAAAUGAAUAUUUUUCUAUUCGUCAACCCAAUUAUAGUCCAAAGUUGAAAGAUUUCUUUCUUACUCGUUUUCCUUGUGGGACUGAAUUGUUGAAAAAAAACAGUCCAGUUUGUGUUAAACUUUCUUGGCCUGAAGAUGCUACAGGUGAUCUCAUUCAGAGUUUCUUGAAUAUAAAAGAGAAAUUAGGGCAAAGGAAAGGAACUUCUGCACAUAUACAAAAGAUAAGAAAUGAAGCUUCCUCUGAUGUUGAGAGGCUGUGUCGGGAGAUAGGACCCAUGUGCUUCAAAGAAUGGUCAUGUCUUGUUCUUGGAAAAUUAAUGAACAAAGCUUUGGAAGAUGAAAUCAGAGAAGCUGUUGAUAAAAGAAUUGGAAAUGCUGAUAUCAGCAUUCGUCAAAGAUAUAUGUGCUACUUGAUAGGUGAAGGUAGCUGCCAUUUGGAAAAUGGAGAUAUUGAGGUUGCAUUGUAUCAAGUUUUUGAUGGAAAUGAAAGUUUAGCCAUCAAUGUCUUGGAAUGUCUUAUAAGGAUCAAGGAAACUCUCGAAAGCAGACUACAUGUUGCUGCCAGACAUCCAGUGCUACUUGUUUUAGAUGAUCACUUUGAUAAUGUAUCAUGGGAAUGUACCCCUCUUCUUAAAAGGCAUCCAGUUUCUCGAGUGUUUUCAUUACAUGUUGCUCAUGCUCUGUUCACCUCUCAUAAAGAUCACAUAAAAGGUGGAUUAAGGGAGAUCAAUGAAAAUGAAGUUUGCUAUUAUGUAGUUAAUCCUGAUGGUAAUCUCCCGAGUGUUGAGGAACAUAUACCAAAGUUUUUUCGAAAGCGGUUUCCUCAAUGGAUUGGUAUUAUUGGAAAGAAACCAACUGAAGAAGAGUUGAUUAAAGCACUUACGGAAUCUAAUACAUAUGUAUAUUGUGGGCAUGGCAGUGGUUCUCAGUACAUCGCAUCUGAGAGGAUCCAGAGGUUGAAGGUAAAACCUCUGCAGAUGCUUUUUGGUUGUAGCAGUGUUGCACUAAAAGAUCUUGGUGGUCAUACCGAGAUGUAUGGAGAUGUGAUGGAAUUUGCUAUUGCAUGCAGUGGCUGUACUUUGGGUAUGCUUUGGCCUGUUACGUGUUAUGAUACCGAUAGAAUUACCAUGGUACUAGCUAAUAUUUCCUUACCAGGAACUCCUGUGGACAUAAAUACUUUUGAAGAAAUUCAAGGCAAAACAAAAAAAGAACCGGAACUUUUACGAGCAAUGAGGCAGGUGAGGGAGUGUGUUAAUCUUUUUUCUAAUGGUGCAGCUUUAAUAGCCAGAGGAAUUCCUAUAAAAUUGGUUCCUGAUAAAACAACAAGUUCAGAUUUUAGUUCAGAUACCAGUGAAAGUAAAUAGUAUGCUAAAAAACACAUAUAUGUUAAAGGCAUGUGUGUAACAUGCUAUUUUUAUAUUUUGUAUAUAUUUUUAAAUAAAUAUUUAUUAAAUUCCUUUGCUUAACAUGUUUGCAAAAAUAAAAUAAAUAAAUGUUUAUGGAUGGAUGACUUUUCUGAACAAUAAUAAUAAAUAAAUAAGUGCCUGCCCAUAUAAGAACUGCAAAUUAUAUAACUAAUCACUUCCCUCGGCAGUCACCGCUCCAGUCGUCUAUUGAACCAUAUCUAUUAGACAGUAUCAAACUCAAGUGCAAACUAUUGCUCUCCGUUAACUUUCUUAUAUAAAAACAUGGAAAUAUGUAUAUCAUAUUUAAAUAUUCUCAGUUAAUAUUCCUUAAACAAAUGAAUAAUUAUGUUAUGUACUUGUAACUGUUGAGAGUAUGGCAGUUGAGAGUAUCAGUAUGGCAAGCGUACCUUUUGGUCCUUUUUUUGCAAUACCGAAUGGUUACUUACAGAUUACUGCCCUGUAUUAACUAGAGUGGAUGUAUAGAUUCAGUUUCUUGGAACCAUCACAAAAGAAAUAUUCAAUGACUGAUAUGGCUAUUGAACCCACACUAUUCUCAACUGGACACACUGCGAUUAUUGUGGUCGACAAUCAUGCUCAAUAUUUAUGUAAGACAUUUUUAUAUUAUUUUGCUUCCUCACUACCAAAGGUUAGGGAAGCAUUGUGUUCGUGCGAGAGGUUAAAAAAAAUUUUGUGCUCAGAAUCGAAAAUUUCCACUCGCGUUUUACGUUUCAGACAUCAAGGAUCAAAAUUGGUUCGGUGUCUGUCUGUCUGUAGUCAAAUCGAUAUGACGGGAAUAUCACCUAGUACCUUUCAUCCGAUUUUCAUGAAAUUUUCAGGCAUUGUGUGGGUUGGUACCUAGAUGGUCCCAUAUCAAUUUUAUCAAAUUACAUCCAGCACUUCCGCUUACGCAAACAUACUUUUUUAGAUAUGCCGAUAUUUUAGAAAGGGCUCGUUCGAUUUGGCUCAAAGUUAGAUAAAAGGUAGCUAAUUGUGAAAAAAUAAUGUAAUGUAAAUUUUAUUGAAUUUUGUCCUCUAAUUUCUCGUAUAUAUGCACAAACGUGUUUUCCUUGAUACGUCCAUAUCUCUAAAUCCGCAUGUUUGAUUUGGCUCAAAUUUGGAGGGAAGUUAGGGAUCGGUAAACAGAUAAUCAAGUAGGAAUGAAUUUUAUCAAAUUCUAUCCAUUACUCCUAAACAAAAUACUUUUGCUUUUGGAUUAGUAAACGUAUUAUUUGAAAAG